AUGGCAGAUGAAAGGAGCUCAUUUAAACGUCGCCGCCUCCUUGCCAAUGCAACAUUAUCGAAGCCAUUUAAGUCGCCAUUACGCAAGCCCGAUUUGACAGAACCCACAUCUGAGUCCACAUCAUUAAAGCCAGCGUUGUCAACGCCGCCCAAAAACAUUUCACAUUUUAAUUCGCCUGAAACCCCGAUCGAUGAAAAUCAAAAGCAACUAACACCUCCAGCGGGCCCACCGGCUAUCGUCUUGGAUCGACCCCCUAGAAUACACCCAAUGAGGACGCCAACACGCUCUUCCCCAGCCAACCCUGAGAUUCUGUCUUUGACCAAACAACACCGCUCUUGUCAAUCGAGAUUAAACACUUUGCAUUCUGAGCUUGAUAAUGCGCGACAAGCUUUGCGAAUUGAGUCGUCCGGCAAAGAGGCAGAGCUGGAAGCAUUGAUUGUCAAAUGGCGCCUUGUAGCCCAAACAGCAGCCGACGAGGUUUUUGCUACUUCCCAAGAACGCGUGGCUCGAAUGGGAGGAAUGGCCGGUUGGAGGGAACGCAGCAAACGAGAUACUAUGCAAUGGGAGUAUGAGGAGCCGCAAAGGCAACAUGACGCGGCUGAUAUGGAAGGGACCGACGCAGCAGGCUAUAAUUCGUCGAAUCCCAAGAACUGCGCAGGAUUCCACGAGGAAGAGGAUCAGAGCGAGGCGAGUUUGACUUCUUGA